AGUUGCAUAUAUCUUCUUUCCUCCGGCCCCUCCCGCCUCUUCUCUUUCCCAACUCCCUCUCUGGCUGGCAUUUAUUUCAAGGAUCUGACUCGGAGGGACUGGUAUGACUCUUCACAGUGGGUAGGCGGAGCCAGAGCGGAGUGGGGAGAUGUUAGGGGAGUGAAGCAGUAUAAAAGCCAGAGCUGUCAGUGGCACGCUCAGAAACCUCAGACAGGGAGAACUGAGAUUCAGCUCACUCAUCUUCUGGAAGUUGUCUGCUCAAGCCAUUUGUUAGCUUCACCUUCUGUCAAAUAUAGACAAGAAGGAUACAAACAAAGCUACUUUGGAUCCUUCACCACAGGGAGACCUGGAGAACUGCAAGCCUCUCCAAACAUCUCAGAAGCCGAACGCCCAACCCUUGCCAUCCAGAGACAUGGCUGCACGUCCAAUGGAGACGGUGGGUUUUGCCAUUCUACCCGCACACAUAUUGGCGUCUGCCAUGGAGGAGUUUCCCCAGCAUCUACCCGUCCCUAAGUGUCUGGCUCGGGGCCGAAACCGUCCACGGCGGCCCCGAGACACCCGCUUCAAGACCCAGCCGGUGACUUUUGCAGAGAUCGCUGAAGUGGAGGAGGAAGGGGCUUCGCCACUGGAGGAAGAAAGGGCAAGACGGUCCUUCCUUCAAUCGCUGGAGAGUCUCAGGAGAAGCACACAGACUUUGCACCACGCAGGAUCCACGCAGAGCUGCCGCACAAUGUCUGCACAGGCUAGUCUGGACUCCAGUGACUCAGACUCGACACACUGAGAGAGUGAGAGGAAGGUCCGAAAGAUGGCAGGACUGCAAUUCAGUGUAUUUCGCACAUAUCUUCCUGUUAAAUUCCUCUUUCACAGGUGUUAACCUAUAGUUGUUAUGCAUUUAUGUGCAGAUUCCACUUGAGUAACACUGGCACAGUGAUUGUUUAGCUCCUCUGCAAGAGCAAAGUUGUAGCAUGUUAGAAGAUUUCAGAAACCACUUAAAUGCUUACACAAAUUCCUUGUUUAUCAUAUGAGACUUGAGGACUGGUGAGGUUUCAUCUGUAAUGAACUUUACAAGAGACAGAGGACAUACCAUGUCUGAUUCCAUUUUAAUAGACUAAUCCCUUGUGCCUGUUUAAGACUGCACACUCCAAUGGGUUCUUCAAUGCUGGGCAGGAUGUAGACUGUCACCUUUUGCUAUAAUUCACUGCUGUGCUGACGAACGAACUAAAAGAGGUAUAAUAGAGAUAUUUUAUUUUUUACAGAAAAUAAGGUUUCAAACCCUGAUGUGUAAGUCUGCCAGAAUGGUGAACUUACUUAUGAAAUUGAUGAGGAGCAAAUUAUUGUACUUUUCAAAAGUAUCUUAUAUUUAUUCACAGAUUAUUUUGCUAUAACAUAGUGAUUUUAGGGAAUUGUUCUGUUGACGGUGUGGACUUGUAAAGUCACUAUCACUGUACAUAAGAGAAAAAAGCAUUUAUACUUCGAUUUGACUUGUUUAUCUUAAUUAAUUUGUUUCAUACCUUCUGUAGUUAUAUAAAUAAACUUUAUAACAUUGGA